AUGCUGCAAGAAACGCAGAAGAGCGGUCUGAGUCCGCCGAAGGAGAAGAAGUCGAGUCAGAUGGAAGAGGUGCCGUCGGCGACGUUGGCUAUUGAUAGAACACAAUGGGAAUAUACGAGGUUCAAGGUUGAAGCCGCUGGAUUGGUUGUCACGGAUCCAGAUAUAAUAGCUCGCCGAAAAAUCGGCGAAGCCAGCCCACUUCUUCAAGAAUCCCGUCAAACGAUGCUCAUAAAAGGCGAACAUUUGCUAAAGCCUCCCUGGAUUCGAAUAGCUCUGAUUUCAAUUGAAGCUAUCGCCGUCGUCGUCAUCCUUGUCGUCUGGGUCUCGUUUGCGUCUCAAAAUCGCGUCAUUCCGGUUGCACUCUGUCUUGCCAAUCUCAUUAUUGCCUUACUUUUGCUCACCCUUGUUCUCUCUAUUGAGUUUGCCCGAUUUCACGUGAAAAAAGAGGAGCUCAAAGAUGAUGAUUAUCGAUAUUGGAUACCAUAUGAAUGGAAAUAUUGGAUUUGCAUUACUCACAUUUUGAGGAUUUUUCUAACAUGUGCCAAUAUCACAAUGGCCGCUUUGGAUGAUAAUUAUGAUGGAGGAAGCCUUUCGAUAAUCGCCGUUCAGCCAGUCAUGAUUCUUCUCUCCCUAUUCCACGUCUUCAUCGCAGUUCGUCCCCUAAAAUAA